AUGGUGAGAAGAGGUGGUGAUGAAAGGCUUAAAGAAUUGAAUUCAAUUGAUGCUCGCAAUUUUAAAUUAUGUGCACAGUUAACAACAAAACAUACACUGGAGGAAUAUUUAGGUAAUCAUCCAUUAUUACUGUCAAUAUUUAAGAAUUAUCGUGCAGCCAAAUUUGAUGAACUGACGUUGUUUUAUGUUUUUAUGAUGAGUUUACCACAUUGGGCUCUUGAAAGUAAAUUAUAUAACCGUGAUACACAUGAAUAUACAACAGUAAAAUUUUUGGCAAUAAUACGUGGCGAAUCUGUUUGUAAUAAAUCUGGCUAUAUGAAACGUAUACGAGAAGCUUGUCUUUUUAUUGAGCGGUAUUUUCGUGAAAUGUUUAUUGAUGAUACAGAUGGUAAAUUUAAAACAACCAUGAUAGAAAGUUUAUCAACAGCUAAACUAAUAAGUGAUCUGGAAACGUCGAGCAAGUUUAUUUCGUCUGAUGAGGAAACACCAUUAAAUAAUAUUGAUUUUUUUGAUCCACAGUCGAAAGAGGCUCAACAUAAUCAAACGAUUGUUAUUUCGGGAUUCAACGGUAUUUAUUUGUUAUUACGAGGAACAAUGAUGUAUGCAAAGGUGAUACGUGAUAGAUCAUUGUCGAUGUUAGCUCCUACUACUGGAUUGUAUGAAAGAUUAAUGUAUUGGUGCAUUAGCAAGGAUAAUUUUGUUACUGAAACAGUAGCACUUAAUAAUUCAUUAGCAUCAAUGGAAUAUCUUUAUAUUAUUCGCAUAUUAAUUGGUUUCCGUUUAUAUCAGUUAAACGAUGAUGCUUAUCAUUAUUUAAAACCAAUAACAGAUGGUUUACGAAUGAAUGAAACACCGAUUGAAAUUAAAUCAAAACCAUCGUUUUAUAAUCGACGUGAUUUAGCUGUUGAAAGACGUUCGGCUGAUUUAAUUGAACGUCUAGCAAUGAUGUUUCAAACAUUAUUUGACAUUGAAACAAUAUUGAAAGAUAUUAAAGAUAUUCAAUUUAGUACAAUUAAAAGAGUUGUAUAUGAACAAUUUAAAGAAAAAAUUUGUACAACAUUUUAUAAGAAUGAUGACGCCGGUACUGUCAAUGAUAGUAUAAUAGAUUACUCCAGUGGUGAUGAUAUAAAAGAAUAUGAUGAAGUACGAAUUACAAGUAUUCCUGAAGCACCCAAAAAGUCGUUAAAAAUUUCACUUGAAGCCGCACAAACGGCUGUCCGUUUCUAUGAUGAUAUUCUUUUUCCAACAUCACUUCAACUAUUCAAUUGUCAACCUGAUUCGCAACAAAAUAUGUUGAAAAACAACGAAAAUGAACGAAAGAUUUUGGAUUUACCGUUCAAUAUGUUUACAACAAGUACAU